AUGAUGAAUCGAAUGCACUCGAGCGCCGCUUCUGGCAAAGCCAAGCGCUUUCAGGAGCAAAUCCACACCAUACAACAAAUCACGGAUCGUCAUCGUCGAUCCAAGGAGCUCCACGAGAAGGAGAGCGCCUCCAUCCAGAAGCACAUUCAUGAACUGAAGGAGACGCGAAAACGAUUGACCCAGGAGAAGCAACAGAUCCAACUGGAUCUGGCGAAAUUCAACAACGAAGAGACGUGGUUGAACGAACAAUGCAAGCGCUUGAUCCGUCAAAAGGAAGAAGACAAGAAAGCGCUCGUGGAAAGCGCGAACGAAUGGAGCGAGUGCGAGCUGGAGGAGACCAAGAAGAAACGAGAAUUUUGCCACAUGAUGAAACAAUCGACCGACGAGCACGAGCGCUUGUUGCGCCAAAUGGAAGCCACUCGGAUGAUGUCUUUGGUUUGUCCCGAGACGGUCGACUAUUUGGUCCAGGAAAUGCCGACCGAAGCCAUCGAUGGUGGCGUUUUCACUGUGGAGAUUGGCGAGCGCCUCCGAGAGGCGUCCAAUGACUUCCUGCUGGCCACGGAAGAGCUCGACAAGCUCAAGACAGCUCGUGAUAGUAUGUUGAAACAUGUGGGACGCUGGCAAGAGUACGCGUUGUCCAAAGGGUACACCGAGCAGGAGCUUGAACACCAAGAAGGUGCUUGGAAGGGAACAGAAUCAGAUGGCGAUUCGCACCACCACGAUCGAAUUGACGGAAACCCUCAAAACAACAACAAUGAUGACAACUUGAACUUGUUCUAUGGCACCAACGAUGGUUCUGCCGGUUCCUUUCCCGGAGAAGCAGAGACGGGCGGAAUGCAAGGAGGCGCGCAAAACGAUGUCAUGGAGUUCGAUUACGAGGAACUCAUCGAGUGA